AUGAAUGCAAACAUUGUGCCACAGGACAGGACAUUGAAUGUGGUGGACUGGUUGCGACUAGAAAACCUCACUCGGAAACUAAUCCGCGAGAUAUGCUCCAGUGAAGAGCCCCACAGAAGCAGUAUUACACCCAGUGGUGGUGUGGAAAAGAAAAAUGGGAAGCUGUAUGUGGUAAGUGGGCCAGUGUUUCUACCGACGCACGUCAGCAUAGAACGCUGUCGUGGCGGUGCAGUGAUGCUAGCGCCAUGUGAUCAUUCAUCCACAUCCCGAGUAUGCAAACAAAUCGUUCAAUACGAGUUGACUGGUAAGGGCAAUCAAAUGGUCGCGGUACCUACACAUCUAUACAAGGUUUUACUCGCGAAGACGUAUAAAGAAGAUGGUGGUGUUCGCUAUGAGAGUGCGGCUUUUGUUUUGCCCAACAAACCCAUCAUUGAGGAGCUGCCACUAUGGUGGUAUCAGGUACCUAUGGAAAAACUUGAACAUGUGACGGGGCUUUCGUUCUUCCCGUAUCUCAAUCGUUCACAGGUCGGGGAUCUAUGCCAGUCAUAUCAAUGCAACAUACAAACCGAGCCCUUGUUCCGACGGUAUCGCCAGGUUGCCUGGCUACAACAUGCAGAAAGCAUUCCGGAGCUUCGACGAAUCUACACUCACCUUGAGUCUGAGAGCUUCAAGAAAAAAGAAACAGUGGAUACCGUGAUCCAGAAAGAAUAUCAAAGAAGAGUGAAGGAGUUAGCUGCCGAAACAGUUUCGCGCACUAGUGAAUCCUAG